AUGGCAACCAGUGAAAGUUUGAUCGAACUGCUAGCCACCGAAAGAGGAAAUCUCGAUGACUUAGUUCAUGUUGAUGACUAUCAGUUCACUGAUUGCCCAAAACUUGAUUAUGGAUUUCUUCUGUUUGCGUGGACCCUGGAGAAGAAAACACUCCAAAAGAUAACAUUUUUGGUGGAGUGA